CAGCGGAGGCGGGCGGCGUCGAGCGGCCAUGCAGUCUCCUCACAGACGCAUCUAGACUGGCUCCCUGGCCUGCGCGACUGGGCAAAGUUUCUGGGGGAGGGGAUCGAGGCGAAGAAAAGAAAAUAGCGCAAGGAAGAAGUUGAAGACAAAGAGGAAGGAGUCAAAUGAGAAGUUCUGCCUGAGAGACUCGUGGAACACGUGGAGCGUUAUGGAUAAAAUAGUUUAUUUUAACGCCUGAAAAUCAGAACGCUUGACAGUCAGAUCAACAAGAGUUUAGUCAGAUUUAAGACGUGACAGAAUGAAAGAUAAACUGUGCAAAGAUUAAAUAACAUGUGAAAGUGGGUUAGUCGUGUUUUGCCAGGGAUCUUAACAAAAAAAAAAAAAAAAAAAGUACCGGAACAUUAUGGAAAAUCCGAGGACAGCGAGUUCCCAGAAGAGUUGGAAGUUCGUGCGGGACUCUCUGCUGCUUUGCUUCUUUGCCGGAUCAGACUCGUUUGUCAGUGGCAGGAUUGAUGGGAAAAGACGAACUCAGCCCUCCAACACAGCACUAGAUACUAAGACAUACUGCAGUCUGCAUGCAUAGAGGCCGAGGUCGUGGAGAUGCUCAGUGCGACAGCUGUAUUGAGUACUGCUGUGAUGGGGUUCCUCCUUUCUGCUGCUCUUACUAUGCGUAUGUGGGAGACGUGCUCUCGGGAACGGCCAUCUCAGGGAUCGUGUUUGGUGUGGUGUUUUUGAUGGGUGCAGUGGCCGCCAUCUUUCUGUGCAUCUGUAUGUGUGUGAAGAACGGGCGUGGGGCGAGAGUGGGCGUCUUCAGCUCAUCAUAUAUCAACACUGUGACUCAGGGUUACCCAGGUCCUCCACCUCCUUAUAGCUAUGAUUAUGAGAUGUAUCCUCCUGAUCGAUGGCCGCCUCCAUACACACCAACUCCACCCAGAGUGGCAAACUACUCUCCACCUCCACCUUAUCCAGGCUACAGCCGCAAAUGAGCCUCCUAAUGUGCCUGAUUCUGAGAGGAUGAGCGCUGCACUCUGAAAUGCACACAAUGAAGACCAGUGCUCUGUCAAUAAAGCAGGGAUUUCCACUCACUGGAGCAGCCGCAAAGAUGAUUCUUACAUGGGAUUUGACUGUUUUCCUUCAUGCCAUGGACAUUUAUGGUCUCACAAAUCUAAAGAACACUAAUAAACGUUAUUAGGCAACAGGAGACCAGGACAGGCCUAAAAACUAAGAUCAAAAAUGUGAUUUGGUAAAUGUGUUUUCUUGUGAUGCGGUUUGUUCAAAAUCAGUGUUAUUUCAUUAUGUCUAAUUAGAAUACAGUGAAAUUAACUGUUAAUAUGGGAGUAGACUUCAUAUUGUUGUACAGAGUAACAUUAUAUUCUUAUACCUACAAUAUGUCUGAGCGUCUUGAUUACUGUUGUAUUAAUUAUAUAGGAAAUAAUUUUCUAAAUGUAUUUAUUAAUAGAAAAUUGAAAGAGCAACUUGUUUUUGCAGUUGGCUACUAUUAUAACAUACCAGGUGUUGUUAACUUCUCAGAAAACCACUAAUUGUGUCCAAACAGCAAAGCAUUAGCUCAUUUUUUGUCUAUUUUUACCUUUCAUAAUAAAACUAAAGGCUGCAUGCUCGUUCUUUGAAA